AUGAACUGCGAGGACGUUCGAGCUCGAGUCCUCCCUCCGAAAUCACUCAAUCGAAUAGAUUUUGGAAUAGCAUAUGCACGAGUAGUAUAUGAGGUCAAGGAUGGUUCGCCUGGUUCGAUACUACCGACCAUACUCAAUAGUUACGAAUUCAUCGAAGAUGAACUCAGAUCAAGCUAUCAUCCGCAAAACGUCUUCUGUUAUGCCAUCGAUUACAAAGCGAAGAAAGACUUCACGGAAAGUAUAGAGGGUCUCGCCAAAUGUCUUCCAAAUGUUGUAGUCCCAGCCAAGCGCUUUUCUAUCGGAAGGAAAGGAAUCAAUGGCACUCGUGCACAUUACGAAUGCAUGAAAUCACUACUGGCAUAUGAAGGCUGGGGAUAUGUCAUACUUAUGCAGAAUUACGAUAUUAUGAUCAAAAAUGUAUACGAGGCCGUGACUAUACUGCAGGCUCUUGGAGGAGCGAAUGAUGUUCACGUGAGACCAUGUGAAAGUAAUCGUUAUAAUCACUCCCUAAAAUGGGAUGUUCGUUCUCUCAACUUCUAUCGGAACGGUGGGCCUAUUGUCAGCAUUCAAAUCAACGCUUCAGAAAGCCAAAUGACACCUUCUCAGCUGAACGGCUCUUUGACAUUUGCUCGUGGGGCAGCACAGGGGUCGUUGUCGCGUCCUGCCGUUGACUGGAUGGUUAACACAGUGGAUCUAACGCGAACAUUUGAACAGCUCGAUAUCGAC